AUGGAGACGGCAGACUACAAGCACGACGCCGGCCUCGGCGAGUCCAAGAUGGACCACAAGUUUGACCAGCAACCGCCGCGCCUGUCGUCGGGCGAGGCCGAGACGGCCGACCAGCUCCUCGAGAACCUCGGCUACAAGCCCGAGCUCGCCCGCACCCGUUCGACGUGGCAGGUGGCCUUUAUGUCCUUUGUCCUCGCCUCGAUCCCCUACGGCCUCGCCACGACGCUCAACUACCCGCUCAUCAACGGCGGGCCCGUCGACAUCAUCUGGGGCUGGGUCUUUGUCUCGGCCAUCAUCAUCUGCGUCGCCGCCUCCCUCGGCGAGAUUACGAGCGUCUAUCCCACGGCCGGAGGCGUCUAUUACCAGGCCUUCAUGCUCUCGCCCGCCAAGUGGCGCCGCGUCGCGAGCUGGAUCUGCGGCUGGCUCUACGUCGUCGGCAACAUCACAAUCACCCUCGCCGUCAACUUUGGCACCACCCUCUUCUUCGUCGCCUGCAUCAACGUCUUCGAAAAGGAGCCCGGCGUCGGCGUCCUCGAGGGCAGCACCUACCAGGUCUUCCUCAUCUUCCUCGCCAUCACCAUCCUCUGCAACGCCGUCUCGGCCCUCGGCAACCGAUGGCUGCCCUACCUCGACACGGCCGCCAUCUUCUGGACCUUUGCCGGCGUCAUCGCCAUCACCAUCUCGGUCCUCGCCAUCGCCAAGAACGGCCGCCACGACGCAAAGUACGUCUUCACGACCUUUGAGAACAGCUCCGGCUGGCCCGACGGCUGGUCCUUCUUCGUCGGCCUCCUGCACGCCGGCUACGCGACCUCGUCGACGGGCAUGAUCAUCAGCAUGUGCGAGGAGGUGCAGAAGCCGUCGACGCAGGUGCCCAAGGCCAUGGUCGCCACCGUCGUCAUCAACACCUUUGCCGGCCUGCUCUUCCUCAUCCCCCUCGUCUUCGUCCUGCCCAACAUCCAGUACCUCAUCGGCCUCGCCUCGGGCCAGCCCGUGCCCGCCAUCAUCGUCGACGCCGUCGGCAGCGCCGGUGGCGCCUUUGGCCUGCUCGUGCCCCUCAUGGUCCUCGCCCUCCUCUGCGGCAUCGGCUGCACGACGGCCUCGUCGCGCUGCACCUGGGCCUUUGCCCGCGACGGCGCCAUCCCCGGCUCCAAGUGGUGGAUGAAGGUCAACCACAAGCUCGACGUGCCGCUCAACGCGAUGCUCCUCUGCGCCGUCGUCGAGGUCAUCCUCGGCCUCAUCUACUUUGGCUCGACGGCCGCCUUCAACGCCUUUUCCGGCGUCGGCGUCAUCUGCCUCACCGCCGCCUACGCCGUCCCCAUCGCCAUCAGCCUCGUGAGCGGUCGCAAGCAGGUCCGGACCGGCCAGUUUUACCUCGGCCCCAUCGGCGUCUUUUGCAACAUUGUCGCCAUCGGCUGGUCUCUGCUGGCGCUGCCGCUCUUUUGCAUGCCCACGAGCCCGACCGUGACGCCCGCGACCGUCAACUACGCGCCCGCCGUCUUCGUCGCCGCCAUGCUCAUCUCGGGCCUGUGGUACUGGGCCUGGGGACACAAGAACUACGCCGGCCCGCCGGUGCAGGGCGAGCACCAUUGA